AUAACCAUAUAACAUAAGCCUAAAGUUCUAUAUUAUAUAACACAUAGCUAUAGCCUAAUCAAAUGCACUUGUUCUUAAGAUAGAGUUUCUAAUGGAUGAAAAACCAAUUUUGCUUGAUCUUGAAACAUUGUACCUAGGAAUCCCAGAUGAAUCUGUUAACCUGACUUUUCAAGACCUUGCUGAUGUGAAGACAACAACCACUAAUCAACAUGUUUCCGAAGUUGCUAGCAAUAUUCCAACAAGGGAAAAAUUUUCGCCAUCGCCUUUACCCUCACUAGCCAAAAUACCUAGUCUUGAUUUUAGCAAAGGGUUGCAGGCUUCCAUUCAAGCUUCCAUUCAACACAACCAACAUCAUCAUGACAUUGGCCGUGGUGGCUCGCCGUGGGGUCACUUUGGACAAGGACCUGAGGAGAACCGCGGACAUGGACAUGUACAUGAUCCUCCCCAAUUUAGUCAUACGAGUGGAAAUGCAAAAAAUCCCCGGGAUUCAAAGAGUCCUCGACCGAUGACAGGUGGAGAUAAUCGCUCGACGUAUAGUAUGAGCUAUGAUGAUGUGAGUAUGGCGUCUGGAAAAGGUGGUGGUGGACGACGGCGACCUGGAAUUCCUCACUCUAAGAUUUGCACAAUUUGUAGUACCUAUGUUUAUGUCUUCCGUACUAGAUGCUUGGUAUGUGGAAGAGUCUAUUGCUGCAGAUGUGUGAAGCUAGGAAUGGGAGAGAUGGUAGAAGGAAGAAAAUGUAUAGAAUGCCUUGGAUUGAAAUUCAGCCAAAGGUACAUAGAAAGAGCGGGGAAGGUAGGGUGUUGCAAUUGGAGGUAUCCAAUAACAAUGAAGCAAGUUGAGAUGAUUUGUGCAGAGAAAGGACCAAGAAGGAGUAGAGGAUCACAUACUCAAAGUGGUGUGACAACUCCAAGAUCACAUACUCAAAGUGGUGUGACAACUCCAAGAUCAAAAAGUCCUAUAACACCAAGAAGCCCUCAUGCUAUUGGUAAUAGCAAUGAACACUCUUUUGUCAUGUCCUCCUCAUUUUCUCCUUUUUCUCCUCAUCAUAUCAUAUAGAGUUUCUCAUGAGACAUGGGAUAGUUUUUUUUCUUAAUAAUUAUGUGUUUCAUUUUAUUAGAUGUUGUUUAAUUUAAUUUGUUAUAAGCUUAUUACUUAUUAAGAUUAUUUGAUUAAUAUUUUAAUUCUAUGAUAUGUUAUUUUGCA